GAUGCUCUUACUACCGCUCGCCCGGCCCCCACCUCCGCCCUGUUAAGCCGGUGAUCCUCGAGCAGCCGCGGGGUGUAGCCAUAGUUAAACCACUUCUUUGUUAGGAUUGUUUGCAGUCUUUUGGAGCAAGGUGGUAGAGGAACUGACAUGAGUAAAAGCCAAAAUGAACUUCCUUACGAACUUGAAAACCAGUUUAUAUUGCGCCUGCCUCCAGAACAUGCUUCUGCUGUCAGGACUAUAAUACACUCUGGAAGUGUCACCUUGAAGGAUAAAAUAAAAAUUGACUUAUCUUCUGAUGGACGCCAUGCAGUUGUUGAGGUAGAAGAUGUCUCACUUCCUGCUAAGCUGGUCGAUUUGCCUUGUGUUGUUGGAAGUCUAAAAACGUUUGAUAAAAAAAGCUUUUACAAAACAGCAGAUAUUUCCCAGAUGCUAGUGUGCAGUGCCGAUGGUAACAUCCACUCUUCUUUUGAAGAACCAGUUGUCUCUACUUAUCUUAAUGCAACCAGAAUAGAGAUGGAGAGAAUCUAUAUCUGGAAGCAUGGAAUUACUCCACCACUUAAGAAUGUCAGAAAGAAAAGGUUCCGGAAGACAAAGAAAAAGGACAUUGAGUCUCCAGGUGUGGAAAAGGAAUUGAAGAGAUUGCUAUGUUCAGAUUCUGAAGCUGUCGGCAUCCGAUGGGAAGUCAUUGCUGAUGAUGAAACCAAGGAAAUAGAGAGUCAGGGCUUCGUUGCAAGCUUACCGGUGUCCCCAGGAGUGAGUGGUUAUAAACAAGGUGAUACCUCAUCAGAGCAUGAUGUGCUUCGAGAGAUGCUCAGUGAUUCUAAUAGCAACACUCAAGAUAACGAGGAGGAGAAGGAAGAGGAAGAGGAGGGAGAGGAGGAAGAUGAGGAGGAUGAAGGGGAAGAAGAGGAUGAAGAAGAGGAUGAUUUUGAAGAGACUCUAGAAAGGAAGCUACAGGCCAACAUCAUUGAAUAUUGCCUGCAUGAGACGAAGGAAGGUGCCAGUUCAAUAGUUAGGGAAAUACAGAAACAUAUUCAUUACAAGGAGAAAAAGCUCCAAGAGAUUCAGAACAAAGCACAAAGACAGAAGAAUAUUAUCAGAAAAGUGGAAAAUCUGACCCUCAAGAAUCAUUUGGAGUCUGUGCUGGAGAAUCUUAAGGUACAGGAAAAACAAAAAAAUGAUCAGAUAACUUCCCUGCAGAAGCAGUUGAACCAUUUUCUGCAGAAAUGAAGAGAGCUUUCAGCCUGCACAUAAACUUUGACUCCACCAUCUAGACUAAAGGGUGGAGAAAAUUGUGGGUCCUUUUUCCCUUCAGUUGCCUCAGUUGUAUGUUUUGCCAAACCUUUUUAGUUUUUGCUAGAGAGAGAUAACUUGUGAGAAACUCACACCCACGUAAAAAUGAUACUAAGAAAGUAGUAGAUUAGAUAGAACUUUGCUUCUCCUUGCCAGUUUUAGAAGUAUAUAAAUUGCCUUUGUACUAUGGUGCCAUCAAGUGACUCAACCAUGCUUGCUGAAGUCAGACAUUCCAGCCUCAAAGGCCAUACAGCUGGUUUGCAUGUAUUUUAGCUUUUCCAAAUGCUCAUGAUUGUUUUUUUUCCUACACCACAGAAAAAAUCAGCUCAUUUCUGUCAUGUGCUAGGACCUGCCACAGUGAAUUUAAGUGCCUACCUUAGAGCAGUUAGUAAUAGUUUAUAUCCUGUCUUUAUCCAGGUAAAAGGGCUGCUUUCCUGCUCAGGGAUGAUUUCUUGAUGCUUCUUAUCUUGGUUCAGUUGUCAUGUGGCUAGCUGUUAUUUGUGAAGUAAGGGAACAGAGACUUGAAAAAUCCCAUGCUGUUGUCCUUAUUCAGAGGCCCCUCAUCCUAAUCCCCAUCAGAAAAGUUUAAGAAAAAACAGAUACCUGUAAUGCCUAUAAACGUUUCUUUAACAACCCUGGAUCAUUUUGGAGUAUUUUUCUUUUUAGCUAUAUUGUGGUUUUCUG